AUGGCAUCUGGAGAUGGGAUUGUUCCCUCCAAGGGGGUCGAGUCGUCCGAGAAAGGUCGCCCCUCUAACGAUAAACGCUCCGCUAGCCUAAGCAACGUCCCGGCCGAUUCCCAUGCCGAAGAUGCGGCAGAUCCAGACAAUGGCAGCGGUACCUUGCUGCCCGGGGAGAAGACCCGGUCCGACGGCAAGCGAGAAUUGACCGAAGAUGACUGCUGGGAUAAACUGGGGUUCAGCUUUCCGUGGUACAAGCGAUGGGGCAUUCUCACCGUCAUCUUCACGGUGCAAAUGUCCAUGAACUUCAACAGCAGUGUAUACCCCAACGCGGUUGAGCCGCUGGCGGAGCACUUUCAUAUUAGUGAGCAGGCGGCUCGAGUGGGCCAGAUGAUCUUCUUGGUCACCUACGCCUUUGGCUGUGAGCUCUGGGCACCCUGGAGUGAGGAAUUUGGCCGCUGGCCCAUUAUGCAGCUCAGUUUGUUCCUAGUCAACAUUUGGCAGAUCCCUUGUGCUCUGGCCCCGAACUUUGGGACCAUUGUCGUCUGCCGUGCACUCGGUGGGCUGAGCUCGGCCGGUGGAUCUGUGACCCUAGGGAUGACGGCUGAUAUGUGGGAUCCCGAUGACCAAGGGUUUGCCGUCGCCUACGUGGUGCUAUCAUCGGUCGGUGGUACCACCAUCGGCCCGAUCUUUGGUGGCAUGAUUCAGCAAUGGCUGGACUGGCGCUGGAACUUUUGGAUUCAGCUAAUCUUUGGAGGGGUCACCCAGCUGGUGCAUUUCCUGUUUGUGACCGAGACCCGCGCCACGAUCCUGAUCGACAAGGAAGCCAAGCGACGCCGCAAGACCGGCGAGGAUCCCAACUGCUAUGGUCCGAAUGAGCUGAAAGAGCCUCGCCUGAGCGGAAAGGAGGUCUUAGCGAUUUGGCGCCGUCCGUUCGAGAUGUUUCUGCGAGAGCCUAUCGUCCUCUUCCUGUCGCUGCUUUCUGGGUUCUCUGACGCCUUGAUCUUCACAUGUAUUGAGUCUUUCAACCUGGUGUUCAAGCAGUGGAACUUUGAUGCGCUCCGAAUUGGUCUCUGCUUCAUCGCCAUUGUUGCUGGCUACCUUGUCGCAUACGGCAUCUUCCUGCCGGACAUUGGACGUCAGCGUCACAUCCGGAAGCGUGAGGGCAACGCCGCCCGUAUUCCGGAGCGACGGCUGUUGCUCCUACUGUUCAUCGCCCCACUCGAGACAAUUGGGUUGUUCGGAUUUGCGUGGACAUCCAUGGGGCCGGACUACACCCAUUGGAUUGUACCUUUGGUGUUUGUGUUCCUCAUCGCCAUCGCCAACUACGGCAUCUAUAUGGCGACGAUUGACUACAUGGUGGCCUCCUAUGGACCGUAUUCUGCGUCCGCCACCGGUGGCAAUGGCUUCGCUCGUGAUUUCCUGGCCGGCAUAUCUGCCAUGUACGCGACCCCAAUGUACAGCAACAUCGGCAACAAGUUCCACCUGCAAUGGGCUAGUACUAUUCUGGGCUGUUUGGCGAUCUUUGUCACCAUCCCCAUCUACAUCUUCUACUGGAAGGGACCUGAGAUCCGCGCCAGCAGCAAGUUCGCGCAAACCCUCGAGGCUGACCGGCAGCGCGGUGCCAGCCGUCGCGCCAGCCGAGUGAGUGCCAAUCAGCUCGGGGCAUAG